CUCUAAUUUCAACGAUUUCGGCGGCCAUACUGUAGUUAUGACUUUGUGAACCUUUUGUCCACCGUCAUCCUGCUACUAGUUUACCAAGCCUCUUUAUAUUUGGUUCAAACUGAAAUCAUCUAAAGCUGGUAACAGUCAAUGCUCUCAGUAUAGACUCGCUCCUGAACACCUAAACAAGACUGGAUGCCGCAUUGUCUACAUCGAAGGUGAAGGGCGAGGUGUAUUUGCCUCCAAGAGUAUACCGGCCCGGACUUUGAUCGAAAUAAGUCCAGUUCUUCUGUUCACCAAAGAGGAGUACGAGAAGCAUGGAAGAUAUACCGUAUUAGACAAUUAUACCUUCAUAUGGCCGGAUGGCAGGAUGGCUCUAGCAUUGGGCUUGGGAUCACUCUUCAACCACUCAGACUCCCCUAACGUAUCUUUCAGCAUUGACGCAGAUACAGACUCCAUCCGAUACACUACGUCUCGUGCCGUCCUUCCUGACGAAGAGUUGUGCAUAUUUUAUGGAGACAACCUUUGGUUCGAUCCUGUGGAUAUGAAGUCUAUCCAGUACGCUAUCGAGAAGGGCCCUGAGCAUGGAUGGGGAAGCUUGUCUCACCUACGAGAUGAUGUCAGGAACCCGACGUUUGAGACCUGGCAACUGGUCGAGGGCGAUCCAGACGAGAUCAUCCCGGAAGACAAGCUGCCGUUUGUUAGAAUCAAGACAACUCCAGAUGAUCCUGAGGAGGAAGAAUUGUUCACCAUUCAAACUGUGGAAGCAUGGGUCGUUGAUGUUCCUGACCAGCGGCAGAUCGCAACUAUGCUCAGAUGGCUUCGAACGUCCGGCCUCGAAGACUCUUCAGUAUCCCACCUCAAACGAAUACGAAAGAACCAGUCCUCAAAUAUCAGCACUCUCCUGCUCUGCCUCACGUCAAAUUCAGCGGACCCGCCAGCUCUUCCUAAUGACAUGGAGCUUCCUGCACCAUAUGUCGUGAGAGUACCGAAAUUGGUCGCUCUCACGCAAGCGUCUUUGAAACUGAAAUCAAGUUUGUGGCCUACGAAUUAUGCCCCUAAAAGGAAAGGAGAAUUCGAAGGAUGGUCGAGAGGGAAAGUUCGGUGGGCCUGGGAAGCUAUGAAAACUGUCUUGAGAGAAGCGACAUCGAUCAAGAGAAAUGGAGAGCAUCCGAUCGUUGCAUACGUUCCUGAACCAUACGAUGAAGCGAUAAAAGAAGCCACUCAGAUGCAAAAGGCGAUCCUUGCUCAUGAUACUAGAAGGACGACUUCCCAUCCACUACGGCAUGCUACUCUGAAUGCAAUUCGGGCAGUUGCGGACUACCGUGCUGCCACUGGAGACGAAGAAACAGUUCCACCACUGGAUAACGACUCACCCUCAUCAAACCUCACCGGUGUCAAAGAGCCAGAGGAGCGUCGUAAUGGCUCACAUUAUCUUCUGACAUCGUUAACAGUUUUCCUCUCACACGAGCCAUGUAUUAUGUGCAGUAUGGCUUUGCUGCAUUCACGGGUCAAAGAAAUCAUUUACAUCACACCCAUGAAGAAGACCGGCGGUUGCGGUAGCAUUGCUUGCAUCCCGAAGCUUGAGGGUGUGAAUCAUAGGUACGGGAUUUCCAGAUGGAAAGAUGGCGAGGGUGGGAUAUCGAUGGAAGGGCUGGAGGUUGAUGAAGGAGAGGACGCAUAGAAUAGGAUAACCUUGUUCGAUUACAGCAGACGGAAACGGAAUAUAGAAUAAAAAGAGUAAACUGCAACUGUGUGA